ACACCGUCCUAGGCGGCCCAGAGGCUCUGAUCUCUGAUACUCUGAGGAAGGCGAUAGUGGCGCCGUUUGACAAGCGCAACUAGUAACCGAACCGAAAGUAAGCCUCGUAUUCCCAGCAGGACCCUUCUGUCCUACGUGAAGUGCAACGAGGUUAAAACAGCUGUUCUGCUGGAUGGUCGCGUUGACAGGGACGAUCAAGCGGAUGAGAGAUCUAUCGGAAAUCCAAGCACUUAAAUGAUAUCGCGAAUAUUCCGUGGGGAAAUCGAGAAUGUCGCUGUCAAACGUAAACGGCAAAUCGACACUCUGAAAAUCUUUAAUGACAAUGUAACAGAGCUCAGAGAAAAUGUGGACUAUCGAGUGGAAUUCCAAGCUGGCGAAAGACGAAUGGCUAUUGUGGUUUCCUUGUCGCCAAAUUUUCCACUGGAGAAGCCAGUACUUAGAGUUUCCCCACCGAUAAGUCAUCCCUGGUGCAAUGAACAUAGUGAAAUUACUAGUGCGCCAGGAUUACUCAAUUUCUCCGUACACAGCGAUCUUGGUCGAGUUGUUCAAGCUAUUAUUAGAGAAUUCAGCAAAAAUCCACCGCAAUUGUUAGAUGAUACAUCGCCUGGCUCCACUAAACCUCACCGAGACCUACAGGGAAGAAACUCACCGUCUUACUCGCUUCAGCAGUAUCCUAUUGAAAUUCCGUCUACAUCGUUUAGUUCGUAUUAUAACACGCAAUUUCCACACUUGUCGUCCUCCAAUGCAAACACGUGCAUUUAUAAUUAUAACUAUACGAAUUCAGGUCAUACAUAUGUUUCGACUUCGAAAUCGUUUGGUAGUACGUCACAUCACUCGACGUAUAUUCCUAAUUCGAGGAACAAUACUCUUCAAAAUUCCACAUCUACGCGAUACACCUCGGAUCAGCACAGUGCGCCCUAUUUGAAUUCGCAUUACGCAAAUGCGAAUUAUCAGCAGUCUUUGCCGAGUCAAUCGCAGACAAAAGCACCGCAAAGUAUAAUAUUUCCAGAAUUAAAUAGUUUAACUAAUGAGGAAUUAAAGAGGCUCAGUGAGGAUAAUGAUAAAUUAGAUGACUUUCUGGAGAAAUAUUCCCAAAUUAAGGAUAUAAAUGCAGCGAUCGAAGAUGCAAUGGAUUGGGUUGAAAAAACUGCCGAAGCUAACGCAGCCAAAGAACCUGAACUGGAGCAGUUACAGGUUGAUGUAGCAGACAAGGUGAAAACUGUGGCAGCAUUGAAAGCCAGAUAUGAUCAUCUCAUACAACGAUAUAACAAAUUGUCCGAGGUUUUCACUCCGGAUCAUAUAAAGGAAUGUUUGAGACAGGCAGCGGACGAAAGCCACGAAGAAAGCGAAAAAAUUGCGGAGGAUUUUCUCAACCGGAAGAUUGAUGUCGAGCGCUUUCUCAGCACAUAUAUCGAAUGUCGGAAGUUGGGUCAAGCUAGACGAACUAAGGAAGAGAAACUGGCGCAUCAACUGAACGAAUUAAAACGGGCUGGUUUCUGAAAUGAAUAUAUAUAUAUAUAUAUAUAU